AUGGCACCCUUUGCCCAGAAUAUGCGCGAGGUUCGACUGGUCGAGCAAGGAAAACGUGAAACGACGAAUGCAGAUUCUCAAUCUCUAGAGGCCCAGUUUGAGGCGCGUAUUGACGGAGAAUGGGCCGUACUCGUCGUGCCAAACGGUGGUUAUCUUCUGGGUCUUCUUAUCCAGGCGUCUACUAUGUUUCAAGAAGGCUCACCAUUGUCCGAGCCACUUUAUCUUUCCGCACAAUUUCUGGGUUCCACCUCGGUGGGGCCGUGCACAAUUGUCGUAAAUAAGAUCAAAAGCGGAAAAUCAUAUGUGAACCUUACAGCAAAGCUUGUACAAAAAGGUCGAACAAAUAUCCACUGUCAACUCAUCUACGGCAAGCUUUCGGUAGCUCAACAUCCCUAUGGCGCAUUCCCAGCCACCCGAAAUCAACUCACGCUCGCCCAUCCCUCUGGAUUGAGUCGACGCUGUCCGCUUUCUGUCCACCCAUCCAAGUGCAGUAUCACUCCCUUUGGGCCACCCUUUCAAUUCGGAAAGCGUUUAGUUCAAGCUAUCGACCCGUAUUAUAUCGACAAGAUGGAACGCAUUGCAGCACUCCCAUAUGUCAGCGAUUCGGAUGGUGGUGACCUUGGUGGUGGGAUCUUUGAGUGGGGAGGAUGGUAUCAGAUGUUGGACGAAGAGGAUGUGAUUACGCCCCAGGUCGUUUGCUUCCUCGGAGACGUAGCACCUUGGAUGCUACCGCAAUCCAUUCUGGCGAAACGUGAGGCCCCAAUGUGGGUACCAACGCUCGCAUUCUCAGUCGACUUCAAGUAUCAUGUGCCGACAGCGAGUGAAGACGUUCCGGGAAUCUCGAAACGUACCAUUGGGAUCUUCUUCACGAGUAAGUUUCUCAUUGAUGGCCGACACGAUGUCACGGCAGAAAUCUGGACGGCACCUAGUGAGAUUGGGAGAGGUCACGAAGAACCAGGGUGGCAGGACAAGAUGUUUUGCAUGGGUCUUGUGAACCAAACCGUGACAUGUGUACCCGCCGCGAUGAACCUGAAGAAUUCGACGUCAAAGCUAUAG